AUGAGCGAUACGCCAACCGCAGAGGCACAAGCUGCCGAGGAUGACACCUUUGUGGCAGAAGCACUUAGCAGAUUCGAACAGGAAUGGCUUCCAGCACAGAUGCAAGACAACAAUGCCCUGGCGCUCGCCAACGCCUGGAGAGACUGCGACGAUAUGCUGUCAAGAUUCGCCCGCGGCGAUCCCAUCACCUCUGACUAUUCGGACUUUAGACUUGGUAUCCGGACGCAGCAAGAUCGUCUAAAGGACUGGGGAAGACAACUUGGUUUCCCACGCAUGCUUGAUCCGAACGAUCAUGGCCCUCUCGACCCUCGCCUCACAGUGCCUCGACUCACCCAGGGCGCAUUUGACUUUCUCGACGACAUUGUCAAGUCCGUCGCACCGCUUAUACCCAUUUCUAGAAGGCACAUGAGGCCGGACCUAGGGUGGUAUCUCGGGCCUCCAUCGAUGAGCUUGAGAAUCAGCAGUGCGACGAGGUGGCAUAGGAAGGAUAAGAAGGCUUUCGUGUCUCUCAGUCGGGGCAUCCGCGAAUGCAUCAGCUUGCUGUUUGUUUUGUUGGCUGAUGCAGAUGCCUAUAUCUUGCUCAACCCUGUUCCUUGGACUGCGGAAGGGCCUUCCAAGACCGAGGGAGUAGCGGAGACAAGCCAUGGUGGAUUUGCUAAUAAGCCAAUAACCUCUAGUAUAGAAGAACCGAGUGAGGUAGACAAACCUUGCGGCGAGAAGUCUAGGGAGAAUCCAGGCAGCCAGAAACCGCAGUUUUGCAACUUGACUAACGAGGAUGAUCAUGAAUCUGAUGUCAAGCAACUCGACGACAAAGAUCACCUCAAAGGCGCGCUACGAAUCGCCAUAGCCAGGGACAAACAUCGUACCAAUGCAACGCUGAGGUGGGAAGGCUUCAAUAGCAAGCAUGUCCAGGAACAGCAAGAGAUGGAAUACACCAACCCUACCCAUCCAUCUUGGUCAUUGAUGCAUACCACAGCGGAGUCACCUAAUGACAUUGGAAACAUGCAAAAGAGCUAUAGUAAACAAGACAGCGAGCUCGUGGAAUGGCUGGACGAACUACAACAGCGUAAAACAUUACCGGAGAAUAGAACAGAACAAUCGACACUGGAGUACAUGCAGAAGCUUCUCGGCCCGGACAACACCCGGUGUAUCAAGGCUCCUACUUACGACUUGGACCAUCAAAUUCAGGAUCUGCUCGUCACCUUGAAUCGCGUCGAUAUCUUUCCAGACUAUGACGAAGGAGUCUCUCCCGCCAAGAUGUGGUUAUCUGGCGACUCAACGAGAUUAGAGAUACUAUUCCAGAUGAUUGUCGCAUACGAACUAAAGCUGCGCCUCGAGCAAACCACAACCGACUUUACCACGAGCAACCAAGUCAUGGCGGCGAUGGAGAUGGCAGGCCGAUGGAUCAAAGGCGUGCGCAUCAAGAAUGUUUCGGUACCCGAGUAUGAACCGUAUUACGACUUUGAGGAACUCAUUCAAGAUGAGCAGAUCCACGGUCUCGUUCGAUUCGCAGGGCUCAUGGAGUGGCCUGGCCUGGCCGAGAUGCGAGAAUUCUUGGAACCUCAGGGGGCCACCGUUCUACCAUCUGCAAUGGGCACACACAAGCUUCUGGACUGGGUAUUUGGAACCGUCUUGCUCGGCUCAGGGUACGUCUGCACCAUCAUGUCCGCUCUCGUACUCGCUACCCCGAGUCUUCUGCGUAUGGGCGAGCCGGCACAUCCCUCUGCUGGACUUGUGUUGGAUGGACGAUCAUACUGGCGCUCCAAGCACGUCCUCGGCCGUGUCUUUGGAGGGAUGAAGGGUGUCAAGGCGGCCAACGGUUGGGUUGGACCUUGUCCUCCAGUUCUGCCAAACGACGGCCAAGUUGUCAAACCUGGCUGGUGGCGGAUCCGGGAGAAGGACGUGUCUUUUGACCAAGUCCCCGGCGCUCCAGCAGAAAAUCCGCAUUGUGAGGCUUCAGACGAGCAAGGCAAGUGGGUAGGAACACUUCCGCCUCGAAAUUCGCCAACGAAGAUCAAGUUCUCGGGCCUGCAGUUCCUAAGAGCAAAGGCAGUUAACCCCAGAGAUGUGGCUGACGAGCCAAGAAGGGCUGUCUUGGCAUUUAGUAUCAACGAAGCACCGAUAGCUUCACUUCUGGAGUUGAAAUACAACCCAACUUUUGUCGCCGCCCCUCGAUGUAUCGACGGCCCACACCUCGUCGACCUGCGCGAUCUGCCAGAACUCGAGCACGUCGUGGACGUGGCUGACAUUGGAGACCCCUUUAAGUGUGUGCCUGAAGACGAGAGGGUGCUGAUCAUCGACGCUACGGGGGAGGGAGACUGCGAGCUACGGGCAAGGACGUGGUGUUCGAUGGAGGGCAGGCAUGCUGUCAUCGCCAUAGCUGGCGAGGGGGCUUGCUUCACCUGUGCUGUGAGAGCAGCUGGUGAUCAGGGCUUGGGGCUUGGAUGCCUGAUAUGGGUGUGA